AUGGUGAAUCUCACAGACAACGAAGGCCACAACAUCUGGUCUGGUCCAGAAAACUGGUACAAAAUCGCCCUCGCUGAUGGAUCAGAACUCGGCAUCUCCUAUCCUGGAAGUAACCCAUACCAGAUCCAGGCGGUUCCUACCGGCCGCGGGAUGGUCGUCCGCUAUCAACGCUUCGAUUGCGACGACCGGCUCAAUCAGGGUUGGCCGAUUGGGGACAAGGGAUAUUUCCGUUGCAUGCAACUUAGCCAUGACGGCAAAGAAAUCACCCUGAACAUGAGCCUCUCCGGUCAGCAAGCUACUUUUUCUGCGCAGACUGGGAACAAGGCAUUUGGCAUGCGCGCUGAGCAAUUGGGCAAUAACCGGGUUGCUUUGUAUGGAAUCGAUGCAAACGGUAGGCUUUGCGGCCUCCGAGUGCGCUCAACGCCUGGCAACGCACCCGUCGAUCCCCAUUUUGGGGAUUACCUGAUGGGUCUGGACUGUGAAUUUGUCAAAGUGAGCACGACGUUGUCAAAGGGCAGUUUUUAA